AGUGUAAUCUUAUUUGGCGUUGGAUUCUGGAGGCCGGUUUGCAAAUCGUGGUGGUUUUUAAGAAACAAAGCACCUAAUAAUUGACAAUUUCUUCGUGCCACUAGGUAUUCUUGUUGUUGUAAUUGUCAAUUAUUAAACUUUGGAAUGGCCACACAUGAAUUUGUCCAAUGUACAAAGAGUGGAAGGCAUUUUUUGUGCAGUGGGCCAUUUGAGGAUUUCGCAUGCCGCAUAAGUAGUUUCCAAUUUUCAAAGUAUCUACAUGAUUAUGCAUAACAAGAAUGAGAUAAUCAUGUGGUUACUAUGUAAAUUUGAGAUAGUACAUUCGGAUGCUAAGUCCUGAUUUGGUCUUUAGGAGGGCGGGGGCUCAUUAAAUAUGCACACGUGUAGAAUCGUGGAGACGUGAUACUCGGGGAAUGCUUGUAAAGUUGUUCUGAUUUGCAUCGGUAUCUGCUCAAAGGUGUUUGAAUGAUGGAACAGGCCAUUAAGACUGAGCAACCCUGGACAGACCCCAGCAAAGUGAAAGCGGAGAACAUUAACUCAGUAUACCAGUCGUAUGUCCAGUACCCCACAGGUCACAUACCCAGUCAGCAGCAAGCAGCGCCCACCAACCAACCCAAACUGUCCAACAAAAACCCAGUCAUGCACCUGAAUGAACUCAGGAAAGGCCUUGUUUUCGACAUCACCACUGUUACUACUACAGAGGAAAAUGUGGUGGUGAAAACAGAAACGACCCCGUCAGGGAACGGUUCCGAAGAGACGAUGGCUAUCACACCAGAGAAUGCCAACAAGAAGAAAAAGAGACAGGACACAGCAUACAGCUGUCAUGUGAAGGUUGAUGAUGAAGUCUUCAUGGGAACAGGCAGAUCACAAAAACUUGCAAAACAGGAGGCCUGCAAGUAUGCGCUGUUAAAGAAGUUUAACAUACUCUAUGUACCAGGUUAUGAAAACAUCAGUGAUGAUGCCAACAUCUUCUCCGGGACAAAGAGGAAGAAGCAGGGACAACCCAAUGGACCUUCUCCCAAAAAACAAAAAGCCAGUAUUCCCAAGAAUGCGCUAAUGGUGCUGAAUGAGAAGAAACCGGGACUCAGCUACAAUGUGACGUCUCAGUCAGGGCCCGUGCACGCCCCGACCUUUGUGAUCUCCGUGGAAAUCGAAGGACAGACUUUUACGGGUAGUGGCACGUCCAAAAAGGCAGCUAGACUAGAAGCAGCACAAAAUGCAUGUAAUGCUCUGAGCUUGGAGUUUGUGUCAUAAUGAAAAUGAUACAUUUUAUAUUUUUAAGGCAUUGUGUCUGUAGGAAUUCUACAUGCAUGUCUAAUACAUUGGAAUCUCGAAUUAUGUGGUCCUGCGGUAGCACAGACAGUGUAGCGAUUUUACCCGUAAUUUAAUGUGUUUUCCAAUUUCAUCCAGAUGCGGUGUGGUUUAGCUACUUUGUUGUUAAGGAGACAUUUUGUAUCGAAAUAUUAAGCAAGAUUUGUUGUUUUGUCUUUGUCAUGAACAACAGUACAGUGAAUAAAAAAGUAAAUUACUUUA